CGGCUCGUUUCCCAUCCUCCUCUGCGGGCCGAGCGCACGAGACAAAGUGCGUUUCCGGAAGGCGCUGGCUGCUCGAGGCGGAGCGCGGCCCCCGGAAGCGCCGGGCUGCGAUCAGGACACUGCCGCAGUUUUAAGUUUGGGUCCCCACGGUUCAUCCAGGACGUGUUUGCGGAUUCGGUGGCGGCCCCGUCGGAGCGCAGCGGCCCGAGGAGCCGAGUCCACGGAGGGCGGGGGAUUGGUUUCGCGCGGAACGCGGCGGGAGCGCUGCCUUCCCGAGGUGCCCGCCCACAGGUCAAGGCCCGGAAGCCGGCGGCUUUGGCCGCGUGAGGGAGGCUCGUGCGGCGCGUGCCGGGUCCGAGGCGACACCCGCUCUCCCGCCUGGCGGGUGCUCAUUGUCAGGGGGUUGAGGGAAACGUGCAGCUGGAAAGGUUCGCCACGGGCCGAAAUUUGAGGGACCUUAUAAGUCCUAUUUUGGGUUUGCAUUUCAACCGGGGAGUCCGUGGGAGCCUCUGAAGACUUUUUAAAGGACGUCCUAGUUGCAGCGUAAAACUGGGUCCGGAGAGGCAAGGCUGGAGGCCAGGAGACCCGUCAGGAGGCCGCUGUAAUCUAGUCGCAGCGUGAACGGGAACAGCAAGAUGGUAUGGACUGUGAGGCAGUGACGUGGCAGCUCGGAGUCGGCCCUGCAGCAAGCCCCCGAUUCAUCGCUCCCAUGGCUGGCCGCUGUGGGCUGGAUGCCUUUGAGGGUCAGCAAGCGCCUCCCCACCGGAGCCUGCUGAGGAGAGAAGCCAGCUGCCUGGGAGACCUGGGGCGGAGGGCCUGCCCUGCCUCCGCGGCCCAUCACGACUCCAGCGGGGCUGGGCCUACACCACCUACCUCCGGCCGCUCCGGCCUUGGCCAGAGGACCAGCUGGAAGGGUGCUGGGCUGCACACACCCCUGGCCUCCUGGGACCUUCUCUUUCUGCCCAAGGCCCUGUGCAUGGCUGCAGCUGGGCCAAGGUGGCUGGUGGUGGGCAGCGCUGCCCUGCUCCCCUGCACGCUGGGAGAGGGGCACUGACCCUGAUGGCAGCAGUGCUCCCAUGGGGGCUGCAGGGCCGGAUCCUGGAGAGCUGGACCUACCAGCAGCAGGGGCCUAUGCCUGUUGAUGGACACACACGGCCGCCCAUCACGUGCCGGGAACCACACAGCACCACUGUGUUCUGCUCCAGGUGACGGAUGCCUCGGGGAAGGUCACGGCGGCCUGAACCUUUAAAAGCCUGAGCAGCAAAAGGAGAACAUUGAUACCAACUCCUGACUUUUGGCAGAACUUCCAUCACCUUGGGAGACGCCCAGUUUCAGGAUGAGGGGCACCCGACUGGCGGGCGCUCUGCUCAGCCUGGCCAGCCUGCUGCAGGUGGCCCUGGCCCUGCGUAUAGCGGCCUUCAACAUCCGGACUUUCGGGGAGGCUAAGAUGUCCAAUGCCACCCUCUCCGACUACAUUGUGCAGAUCGUGAAUCGCUAUGACAUCGCCCUCAUCCAGGAGGUCAGAGACAGCCACUUGACCGCCGUUGGGAGCCUGCUGGACAAGCUCAAUCAGUGGGUGACAGCAGUGGGGUCUCAGGGGUACUGGUGCAGACAGGAGCCCACCUGUGAGUGGCCGAAGAUCCCGACUGGUAUUUGUUUCAAGCCAGGGAUGACCCCAACACCUUCCAUUACGUGGUCAGCGAGCCGCUGGGACGCAGCACCUACAAGGAGCGCUACCUCUUCCUGUUCAGACCUCACCAGGUGUCCGUGCCAGACAGUUACCAGUAUGACGAUGGCUGUGAGCCCUGCGGGAAUGACACCUUCAGCCGAGAGCCAGCGGUCAUUAGGGUGCGCUCCCCACUCACGGAGGUCCGGGACUUUGCCAUUGUUCCCCUGCACGCGGCUCCGUCAGAUGCAGUGGCUGAGAUUGACGCACUCUAUGACGUCUAUCUGGACGUCCAGCAGAGGUGGGGCCUGGAGCUAUGUGAGCCCCUCUUCCUGGCCAUCCAUCCGCCUGCGCACGAGCCCUGCCUUCCAGUGGCUGAUUCCAGACACUGCAGACACCACGGUCACAUCCACGCACUGUGCCUACGACAGGAUCGUGGUUGCUGGGACUCUGCUCCAGCGCGCUGUCGUGCCUGGCUCGGCUGCUCCCUUUGACUUCCAAGCUGCGUUUGGACUGAGUAACCAGACUGCCCAAGCCGUCAGUGACCAUUACCCAGUGGAGGUGAGGCUGCGGAGAGCCUGAUGGCAGCUGGCUGCUGAACUCCGCUGCAGCCCCUGGAUGUGACAGGUCCUCUGAGUGCCGCCCCCACGGCUGCUGGAGUCCGAGGAGGUGAUGAAAGGUAGGCGGCCUCUCACUAUACCUGCGGCGCCGGAGCACCCUGCCUUCUCAUCUGGACAAAAAGCCUAACACUUAGAUUAAGAAAUACCUUUUAAUUUAAAUAAA